AUGUCACUCGUUUGCCCCCAAGGCAUUUCUCCGCAAGCUCACCGACUCAAGGCAAGAGAGCAUCCGGGUGCCUCGACCCUGAGCUUGAUCCAGAUGAUGCAACCUGUUCCGGAAGGCUCUAUGCUGUCCACGGGGGGUGGCGCGUCCAAACGCGAUGGAGCUUACUACUCUUCCGAUAUCGUCAUGUCCGCUCCGUUGGCAAACGACAACCCAUUCACCGUCACCGAAGACGACCCAGGAUUUCAUCUCGAGCAAGUUCAUGGUCGGCAUGUAGGAGCUCCAAUGGCAAUCGCCGGACGCCCCGAACACCUGCACUCUCCAUCCGUUGGCAGUGUCAAAUCCUCGCAAACCCUUGCUUCUCUUGCAGAGUUUGGCGAGGAUAAAUCUGCCGCUGGCAAAGUUGGCUCGGAGUGGGAGACGGUGGCGGCCGAUGAGGAAUUCGACGAUGCAGCACAACCAUCAUCCACGUUUCAGAAUCACGUUGCCCUCCGCCUUCAGAAUUUCUGCGGCCAUCCCUCUCACCGUGCGUCAUUUGCUCAGAGAUCACGCUCCGAUUUUGGUUCGCCAUCAGACGACGUACGGCGGGGCGAGCAAAGCAACGCUGUUGCCGCUGUUGUUCCUGCCCUUCCUCCCGUCACCGUCGAUGAGGAGAAACUAGAUAAGGGUGUCGAGGCUAAGCCCAUGGACCGCUCCGACGGCAAUGGAAUCGAGAGCACUUGGAGUCGGCGGUGCCCAGAAAAAUUGGGCCUGGGCAGGAGAAUGUCCUGCCAGCUGGCGACGAGCAAUUCGAUAACGUCGAGCAGCUUGAGCGUCGACCGCUUCAGGUACGACGAAGGUGCUUACCCAAACUUUCUGCGUUCUGGGGUCAAACUCGAGGGCCUCGAAACCUCUCGACACGCAAAAUGUCGACCAGACUUGCUGGUCACCAUGAAUCAGCCGAUGCCGAGACGCAAUUUCGAACAACACGGAACAAGGCCCAAGGUCGAUGAUGCCGUCAAGGUUCCCGUCAUCAGGUCCGGCGCCCGACCUCGAGCCAGCAGUCGUUCAGAUUCAUCAGACGAUGCUGCCGGCCAAACUCUCACCCUAACCCUGACCCGUACGCAUACAGAUCCAGACACCGAUGGGGACUGGCAAACCGUCACUACAGAACGGGGUCAGCGGCCUCUUUGCGAAAUUGAAAUCAACUUAGUCAAGGGAGCUGGUAGCAGUCUCGCUGAUGUUUCUGAUGUCUUCGCCAUCGGCGAUGGCGAUUUGGCCGGCAUGGGGACCGGCUCUGCGGGGAACGGCUCUGCGGAGACAAGACUUCGAGGGCCUCGAACGGACAGCACGGCGGUGCCUCGUAGCGCCAAGCACAACGCGACACGGAUGCUUGAUCGAACUGAGCUCUGGACAAGUUCUGGUAGCAGAUCAAACCACCAAGACGGUAGUCACCAGAUACCUCCGCUGCCCGCCCGAGCCGCCGCCGCUAUUCGACGUUUCUCGGCCUCGUUUCGACACCAAAGCACGAUGCCAUCCUUGUCCAUUUUUGAAAUGCAAGAUUGGAACAACAGCUAUGAGAGCCUCGAGUCAGUACUGGAGCAGGCGCGAAACUCGCAUCAGUCACAGCCGAGUGCACCACGAGAGCCACCAAAGGUUCCCGAGACUCCGGCGACGAUUCCGAACAAGGCUGCGUUUGCAUCCGGCUUCUGGCAAGGAAACAGUGGUCACCUGUCGCAGGAAUGGACCCCGAGUGGUGUGCAGAUGCUGCCAUUCUCCUUGAUCAGUCUACCGGAUGCAGCAGUGCUGCAACAGUUACGUAUGGCCCGCGGGGAGGAAGACCACACUGAUCUUCCAGGAAUAUUCGCGGCCAGGGCGAGAUCGACUCGAUCUGAAACAUUUAGCACAUUGUCUUCGCGAAACAGUCCACUGACGCCGUUGACGCCGCCGUCUGCCGACCCGCGCAACAGUCUCCCGUUUUCAACUCCUGUGAAACCGGCCGCCGUGUAUCAGGGACGAAACUCUCGCAAGAAUGCCAAGACGAGUGUUGACACGCCUCGAGGUCGAAUCCAGUUACCAGCCUCGCUGAGCAUCGGGCCUCAUGUCCCGAAUGCGUCUCGUCCACGCUCUUCGGCCCUCUGGCACGAACUCGGAUUGCACGACAGCAGGUCAAUGAUGAGCUCCAGAGCUAUUCGUCCUAGCGGAUUCUCGUCGAGAACCAUGCAGGGACGAAGGAGACAUGCCGAUGUGAGCUUUGAAAUGUUUAGUCGGUCAGAGACUGAGCUUAUUGAGUCCGCCCGAAAGGACAUGCUUUUCUACCAAAGUCGUGUUCAGACGGAAGACGAGCGCCACAAAGCCGUGUUCCUUUCCAUCGUCGCCCUCGCCGUCCUCCUUCCCCCCAUUGGACUACUUGCGCUGUUCGGUCGAUUCGACUCGGUCGUGUCUUGGUACUCCCACGGGGCCACGCACUCCCUGACUGGAGAGCAAAGGGGCAUCCUCAAGCAGCAGUUGAUCGCCGAGGGUGUUGUAUAUCUGGUCCUGGUCAUCUUCUUGGCAGUGCAUUUCACUCGCCACACUUAA